GCGAGGAUGAUUCACACGAUGUGUUCUCGGUGUCCGAUAAACACAAGGGAUAAACCAAAGCACAUUUAAUUUUAUAUGCAGAGUCAAGUGAGAUCUUCCGUACCAGUUUGUUGGUGAUUUGUAGUGCAUUUUUUAGUCGUAUUCACUAAUGAUGAGGCGAGAAAGAAUAAAUCGAAAAUCUCUUGCUCAAUGGCGGAGAAAACCCGAUCGAUCGCUGUGAAUUUGGAAUAUUGUUAAUAGAUGUCAUUAUAACGGAGAGUUUUAUUCCCAGUAGUGAACCCCAUGUCGCGUCCCCAGGGACGAAGCACCCACGGGCACAAGGAGGAACAGUAUGUGGGCCCCUACAAGUUGGAGAAGACCCUGGGAAAAGGUCAAACGGGUCUGGUCAAAAUGGGAAUUCAUUGUGUCACAGGAAAACGAGUGGCCAUUAAGAUUGUCAACAGAGAGAAACUGAGUGAAUCUGUCCUUAUGAAGGUUGAACGAGAAAUAGCCAUAAUGAAGUUGAUAGAGCACCCCCACGUUCUAGGUCUUUUUGAUGUGUAUGAAAAUAAAAAAUAUUUGUAUUUGGUCCUGGAGCAUGUAUCAGGAGGGGAACUGUUUGAUUACCUGGUUAAGAAGGGUCGACUCACUCCCAAGGAGGCGCGCAGAUUCUUCCGACAAAUAAUCUCUGCUCUGGACUUCUGUCACAGCCAUAAUAUAUGUCACAGAGACCUGAAGCCAGAGAAUCUGUUACUAGAUGACAAAAAUAACAUCCGUGUGGCAGAUUUCGGUAUGGCCUCGCUUCAGGUGGAAGGUUCCAUGUUAGAAACCAGUUGUGGCUCUCCACACUAUGCCUGUCCUGAGGUGAUUCGGGGUGAGAAGUAUGAUGGAAGGAAAGCAGAUGUGUGGAGUUGUGGAGUUAUACUCUACGCUUUAUUAGUUGGAGCUCUUCCUUUUGAUGAUGACAAUCUUAGGCAGCUUCUAGAAAAAGUGAAGAAGGGAAUAUUUCACAUUCCACAUUUUGUCUCCCCUGACUGUCAAAAUCUGCUGCGCGGAAUGAUAGAAGUUAGUCCAGACCUCCGAUUAACAUUAGAACAGAUCCAUAAGCAUUCUUGGGUUGUAGUGGGUUCAAAACAAGAUUAUGAUAUGGAAUUACCUGUCAUGCAAAUUGUUCAGACAUCUGUGCUGCCCUCUGUUGAGGACCUUGACCCUGAUGUUCUAUCCACCAUGAACUCCCUACAGUGCUUCAAGGACAAAGACAAGCUUGUUCAGGAACUCCUUAAUUCAAAACACAACACAGAGAAGGUGGUGUACUUUUUGUUGUUAGAUCGUAAACUCAGGAACCCCAGCAUUGAAGAUUCGCAUGAUAUCAGACUCCGCUCAGAAUCAGCCGAUCCUCCUCGGAAGCGAGUGGAUGCUGUACAACUGAAUCAUCAAAAUGGAGGACAACCAAGACUGUCACUAGGAAGCAUCAGUGAAGGUUCCCCAGUCGCGUCUCGCCGAGCACUUGCUGUACAGAGAGUCCGAAAAGCGAGUUUAUCCAGCAGCCCCAGCAGUUCCCCAGUAUCCAGUGUGAGAAUCCCUGUUCGGGGCCCCACCCACAGUCCCUCAGCCACACCCCCAGGGUCCCCCUCCAUACAGAACAACCCCUGGAGGUCCCGCCUCCACACCAUCAAAAACAGCUUAAUGGGCUCUCCUCGAUUCCACAGGCGGAAACUCCAAGGUAUUCCUUAUGGUAACCAUGGUAAUGGGUAUUAUCAGGAGGUACCACCGCCGUUGUUGACAGUGCCUACAGAAGACAUCUCCAUGACACCUGACUCUUCACCAGAGAUGACGAAGAAGUCUUGGUUUGGGGCCCUGAUGGGAGGAGAGAGAGAGGAGCAUCAUUUUAUCAUGGCCCAGGAUAAACCCCUCAGUCAGGUCAAGGCUGAUCUAGUCCAUGCCCUGCUCUCAACAGCAGACCUGAGUCACAGUGUAAUGUCUGCAACUUCAUUCAGAGCUGAGUACAGAAGAUCAGGUAGUUCUGCCAUGUUCUCCAGAAAUGUGCGAUUUCAAAUGGACAUAACUCCAACACAUGGUGGAAAUCGAGAUAGUGUAAUGUACUGUCUCACAUUCACACUUAUAUCAGGGCCCUCCCGACGCUUCAAGAGAGUAUGUGAACACCUACAGACAUUAAUGCUAGGACCUCGAGGUGAUGCAAAAAACCAAGAAAAUUAGCACAGACAGCGCCU